UCCGUGUUUAUCCGAUGGCCUCAGAAGGGGGAGUAAGGGGCUGGCGAGCAAGUGGGCAGCUGCUGGGCUUGCUGGGCCGGUGGGACUGAGCGGUCAAGGGACAGGCCACUGCCUGGGCCAGAGAGGAGCCAGGAGCCAUGAGGGUGGCAGUGAGCAUGCUCUGGCUCUUGGCCCUCGGGUGGCCUCCCCAGGCCCGGGGCUCCUGCCCCUCUCAGUGCAGCUGCAGCUUCCACAUCCUGGGUGAUGGCAGCAAGGCCAGGACGGUGGUGUGCAACGACCCCGACAUGACCCUGCCCCCGGCGUCCAUCCCCCCAGACACCUCCAGACUGCGCCUGGAGCGGACGGCCAUACGCAGGGUGCCUGGCGAGGCCUUCAGGCCCCUGGGCCGCCUGGAGCAGCUGUGGCUGCCCUACAACGCCCUCAGCGAGCUCAACGCCCUCAUGCUGCGGGGCCUGCGACGCCUGCGGGAGCUGCGGCUGCCCGGGAACCGCCUGGCUGCCUUCCCCUGGGCCGCGCUCAGGGACGCCCCCCAGCUGCGGCUGCUGGACCUGCAGGCCAAUCGCCUCUCGGCUGUGCCCCCUGAGGCCGCGCGCUUUCUGGAGAACCUCACCUUCCUCGACCUCUCCAGCAACCAGCUGCUGAGGCUCCCGCAGGAGCUGAUCGCCUCCUGGGCUCACCUGAAGGCCGGUCUCUUCCCUCCCGGCCACCACCCCAGGCUGGUCCUAGGGCUACAGGACAACCCCUGGGUAUGUGACUGCCAACUCUAUGACCUGGUCCAUCUUUUGGAUGGCUGGGCCCCAAACUUGGCCUUCAUUGAGACUGAAUUGAGAUGUGCCAGCCCACGCAGCCUGGCCAGAGUGGCCUUCAGCCAGCUUGAACUGAGAAAGUGCCAGGGCCCAGAGCUCCAUCCAGGAGUGGCCAGCAUCAGGUCCCCUUUGGGUGGCACAGCAUUGCUACGCUGUGGAGCUACUGGAGUCCCUGGGCCAGAGAUGAGUUGGAGGAGGGCCAAUGGCAAGCCCCUUAAUGGUACAGUGCACCAGGAAGUAUCCAGUGAUGGCAUGAGCUGGACUCUACUGGGCCUGCCUGCAGUGUCCCAUCUUGACUCCGGAGACUACAUCUGCCAAGCCAAGAACUUUCUGGGAGCCUCUGAGACUGUUAUCUCCCUGAUCGUCACUGAACCACAGACUUACACAGAACACAGUGGGAGCCCAGGGGCACUAUGGGCAAGGACAGGUGGAGCGGGGGAAGCCGCUGCUUACAACAACAAGCUUGUGGCCAGGCAUGUCCCCCAGAUUCCCAAACCUGCUGUCCUGGCCACUGGACCCUCUGUGCCCAGCACAAAGGAGGAACUUACCCUCCAGCACUUCCAGAUGGAUGUCCUGGGAGAGCUCUCUGAUGGGCGGGUGGGACCCUCAGAGGCACAAAUGGUGAGAUCUGUGAAGGUAGUGGGGGACACUUACCACAGUGUGUCCUUGGUGUGGAAGGCGCCCCAGGCUAAGAACACAACUGCCUUCAAUGUCCUCUAUGCUGUCUUUGGGCAGCACAGCAUGCGGCGGGUGAUUGUGCAGCCUGGGGAGACCAGAGUGACCAUCACUGGGCUGUUGCCCAAGACCAAGUAUGUGGCCUGUGUCUGCGUGCAGGGCCUGGUGCCCCGGAAGGAGCAGUGUGUUAUCUUCUCCACCAAUGAAGUGGUGGAUGCGGAGAACACCCAGCAGCUCAUCAAUGUGGUGGUGAUUAGUGUGGCCGCUGUCAUUGCCCUGCCUCUCACACUGCUUGUCUGCUGUGGUGCUCUUCAGAGGCGCUGCCGCAAGUGCCGCACCAGGGACUCCACUGAGGCCACAGUUACCUACAUCAACCUGGAGAGACUGGGCCAUAGUGAGGAUGGCUCAGAGGAGCUGUCCCGGCACAGCCUCAGUGAGGCUGACAGGCUUCUCUCAGCUCGUUCCAGUGUGGACUUUCAAGCCUUUGGAGUCAAAGGGGGCAGGAGAAUCAAUGAGUACUUCUGCUGAGGGAUGUGCCUCCACCACUCACACACCUGCUCCAUCCGCUCUCCUUCUUUAACUCUGACACUUGAGUACAUGAUCACCCACUCUUACCUGCUUGGGUACCUGCUUACUCAGUCACUUAGACAUAACAGCAGCAGCAGAAGCUACUGCAACAACCACUAACACUUGCUAAGCACUUACUGCAUGCCAGAAAGUGUUCUAAGUGCUAAAUUCUUACAACAAUCAUUUGCAGCAGGCACCACUAUUCUCUCUAUUUCCCUUGGGUGGGAGGUUAAGAAACUUGCCUGUAUCAGUCAGUUUUUGCUGCAUAACAAAUGAAAGCAAAACCUCAGUGAUAUACAGCAGUGAACACUUACUUGCACUCUCACAGGUCUGUGGGUUGAUUAGGAUGGCUCUGCUCUGUGUGUUUCAUUUGGAGCCUGAGCUGGAGAGUAGCAGUGGGUACCUGGGGCAGGUUUCUCUCAUGGUGAGGUUGAAUGACAAUAGAGGAAUGAUUUUUCAUGCAACGCCUGUUAAGUUCUUAGUUCAGAAUUGGCAUACUGCCACUUCUGUCCAUAUUUUAUCUGCCAAAGCAAGUCUCAUGGCCAAAUCCAACUUUAAUGGGGCAAGUAUGGACCCUUCUUCCAUGGAGGUGAUGGUGGAGGAGGAAAUAUGUGCUGAACAGUGAUCCAAUCUGCAUUUCCCAGGAUUACCCAGCUAGGCAAAUUUAGGUGGCUCUGAGAUUGGGACCACACAGUUGGGAUCCACAGUUAAAAGUCCUCACCACCCUCGUAUACUGUACCUUGAUUACAUUUUAUGCUAAUUCAUAGGCACUCACGCACACCGUCUCUCUAUGUAUUAGCCAUACUGGUAGCUACCCAUCCACACUAACACACACACCACACUCAUAACCCACUGUGCCCUCACUGAAUUCUAAUAUUUAUUCUCUAGGAGCUAUUCUGCCUAGAGACAAUCAUUUGGUUUUUCGAUAAAUGCUAGAGUUUGAGAUGAUGCCCAAGAGAACACUGUUCAUUUGAUUUCAGAAUAUCAGACUGGAGGGACCCAACUGACCUCAUCACACCAAGUGCUGUCUGGCACCUUCACCUCUGCCCCUGUACAGGAGCCUUUGUGAUUCUUACCAAAACCUCUCUGGGUUCUUGAGGGUGUCUCAGAGGCUUCCUGGUUGCUCAUCAAGUUAUUUCAAAGGAAAAUUCCUGCUCAGUUUUUCUUACAGCCGGGAAACCACUGAGAUGUUGUCUCUGUGCACUGGAGAAAGCAAAUGUUCCCAGCAGGAGGUUCAAGUGGUUCCUUGUUUACAGAGCUGACCUCUGUCAUGAGGAGCAUCCGGGAUACCUGUGCCAAGUCCUUUGGGUAAUAGCUGAAGAAAUUUUGGGACAGCAAGCUAUCAAAAAAAAUUAUUUUGCUAGUAUUAUGCAAAAGACUCCAAACAUUUGCAAGUAUUAUGUCAUGUGAUCUACUAGAUAAAAGCCAGUGUGACGCAGCGCUUUCGGAAGUUACCAUACUCCCGCUCACAUUUGCAGAAGACCUUACCACAUCCUCACCCAGGUUUCUCACAUUUGAUACUCAUGGAAACCCACUAUGGAGGCUGGGUUGUUUGAUUUUACAGAUGAGGACUGAAGACUUGACUGAUUUAGACCAGGAAGUGAUGAAUUCUCUUUCGGAAUCCAGUUCUUUGACAACUUUCUCAUCAGGCUGAGGGUCUUUGUUCAGUUAUCGAUCCCUGCAGUAUGGUCCACGGCAGGUUCACUGUAGAAAUUGACUUCUUAAAAUCACUGAAACCUGGGAUCAGAACCACGAGCGCAGCCAUGCACAUAAGCAUGGAAUUUCCUUGGAUAUCUUCUGCCACCACCUGGAGGGCGCACCUGACUGUAACUUGCAGACUACAGACAUUGGUAAGAGAGGCUGUUUUGUUGAAAGAUGACAAAGACACCUUGUACAUCAAAAGCCAGCAAAUUUUUCUCCUGAAAAUAAAAGGAGUCAAAUAAUAAAUAUUUUAGGCUCGGUUGCUACUACUCAACUCUGCUGAUGAGAUGCAAAAGGAGCCAUAGACAAUAUGUAAGUUAGUGGGUAUGGAUGUCUUCCAAUAAGACACCUUUUACAAAAACAGGUGACAGGCUGGAUUUGGCCCUCAGGCUGUAGUUUGCUUACCCCUUAUGAAGAUUUAGAAAGGUAUUUCUGGUGAGUUUUUGGAGACCCAAGACUCAAUUCUUACUGUUUGAUAAAUGAGAGUGAUAGACAACCCCAAAAUUAGGACAAAUGUAAACAUAGUAGAUAAAAGCAGUCAUCUGUUGAAGUGAUCAAGAUGUUGCCUUUACAUAAUUGUAUGAAGCGAUCAUGAUGGGACAAUUAUUGACCUAAAGACAACUAACAGUUAGCCAGUUUUAUUGGCUAAAUGUCUGGAGAAAAAUCAAAACUUAAAAGCAAGAAAUUUAUAGUAUUUAUCUUAUCUUAACAGAGAGAGAAAGAGAGAGAGAGAGAGAGAAUUCAAUCUUGCCAAUGAUCCAAUGAUUCAUUAGGAUCUACUUUCAUGGUCUAGAUGGAAAGGGCUCUGAUAAGGUUUGACAGUAUCCUCACCCAAAUCUCACCUUGAAUCGUAAUAAUUCCCAGGAAUCAAGGGCAGGGCCAGGUGGAGAUCAUUGAAUCAUGGAGGCAGUUUCCCCUAUACUGUUCUCAUAGUAAUGAAUAAGUCUCACAAGAUCUGAUGGUUUUAUAAAUUUGAGUACCCCUGCACAAGUGCUUUUGCCUGCCACCAUGUAAGACAUGCCUCUGCUCUUCCUUGCCUUCUGCCAUGAUUAUGAGGUCUUCCCAGCCAUGUGGAACUGUGAGUCCACUAAACCUCUUUUUCUGUACAAAUUACUUAGUCUUGGGUAUGUCUUUAUCAUCAGUGUGAAAACAGACUAAUAUAGCCUCCAAGAUAAUAAGCCUCCCAACACUCAUCUGUCAAUCUUCCUUUGUGUAUCCUGUCUUCCCUGGUUUGCUCUUGUAGGGAAGAAUCAUACUGGAUUGUGCUCAUGAAUAUUCAAGUCACUGGGAGAAACAAAUUCCUAUUGAAAAAAAUAAAAUGAUGUCUGGCUUACAUUA